AUGCCGCCUCAUAAGAUAGAGACUGGCCACCAAGAUGUGGUGCAUGACAUCGCAAUGGAUUACUACGGGAAGCGUAUUGCCACUGCCUCCUCUGAUAACACAAUCAAGAUCAUUGGCGUAAGUGGCACCUCGCACCAGCAACUUGCUACUUUGAGCGGACACGAGGGCCCAGUCUGGCAAAUCGCAUGGGCUCAUCCCAAGUAUGGUUCAAUGCUUGCAUCCUGCAGCUAUGAUGGUCGGGUCAUCAUAUGGAAAGAAGGGAGUAAGCCCGAUGAGUGGGCACAGGCACACACUUUCAAUGAGCACAAGUCUUCUGUCAAUUCCAUUGCUUGGGCGCCUCACGAGCUCGGCCUAUGCUUGGCUUGCGGUUCAUCUGAUGGGAACAUUUCUGUCUUCAUGGCUCGUUCUGAUGGAGGGUGGGAGACGACGCGCAUCGACCAGGCACAUCCAGUGGGCGUCACCUCUGUUUCCUGGGCCCCAUCAAUGGCGCCGGGUGCUCUAAUCAGUCCAGGGCCUUCUGGGCAGUUCGAGUAUGUUCAAAAACUUGCUUCUGGUGGCUGCGACAACACAGUGAAGGUGUGGAAGCUCACCAACGGGAGUUGGAGGAUGGACUGCUUCCCCGCCCUUCAGAUGCACAGGGACUGGGUGAGAGACGUCGCAUGGGCACCAAACCUAGGCCUCCCAAAGUCCACAAUCGCCAGCGCUUCUCAGGAUGGAACCGUCGUCAUCUGGACCGCACCGAAGGAAGGUGAGCAGUGGGAAGGCAGGGUCCUCAAUGAUUUCAGAACCCCUCUUUGGAGGCUGUCGUGGUCGCUGACGGGCAACAUCCUGGCGGUCUCCGAUGGCAACAACAAUGUGACCCUCUGGAAAGAAGCCGUUGACGGUGAAUGGCAGCAAGUGACUACCGUCGAGCCAUAG